AAUACUAUUCUCAUCGCUGCUAAUACAUCUUUCUAACACCCCCUUCUCAAUGCCUCACUGAUUUCCUUUUUAAUGUCUCAUAACCAUGAUAUAUAUAUAUAUAAAUAUAUAUACUAUCACAAUUUAGUAUACCAAUACGUAUUACAACAGCAGUAAGAAUUAUUUGUAGGCAGUCAGGAAAUAUGAAAGUGUUCGUACAAAUACUACUGGCAGUUCUCUGCUCUGUAUUUCUCUUAAGUCAAAUUGCAGAAAGUUAUCGAAAUCCAAUUGGAUAUGAUAAUGAUGCCUUUAAUGGAUAUGAAGAUUACAUGAGCCCAAUAUCGAGAGAAAUUCAAAAGCGUGUGCAGUUUUUACGUCUUGGCAAACGGUUCGCCGAAAAAUGAAUUAUCCCUUCGAUAAUUAAAAAUUGUUAAUUUUACCGAAAACUACGUUCUAUAAGCAUGUGAACUUUUGAGUGAAGGAAUAAGUUUUGAAUACAGCUUGCAAAUAAAUGUGAUUAUUUCACAAACAUAGACUUUUCAAAACAGUGAAUAUGAUAGAAUUGACUGUUUUAACUAUAACCAAUAGUUACAUGCUAAAACAGUCGUGC